UGAACCUCUUAGGUCUUGCUUCUUCUUCCUUCUCUCAAUAAAGCGCUACACUAUCGAGCUAAAGCAAAUGAGCCUGAAAAGAACUCUCAAUGUCCUUUAUGAUGGAAACGACAAUUUCAAUGACACCUGUGGUAAGAACGUAGAAGUCAAAAGACACAAGAAGGUGCAACCGCUUUCAAUCUCAAACGAUUUGGGUCUUCUUACGCCCCCGGUUACUCCAGAACAUCUGGUGAAAGCGGUCCGGCUUUCCAACACAUCGUUGAACUCUGUUUCGAAGAACUUGAAUUUGAGUUUGGCUACAGAAAACGCCAAAUCUCUCGAGCCAAAAACAGCCUCCCUGGCUCAUUCACAAAUCCUUCAAAGAAAACAGUCUCCUUACACAGAUGCCAAGAACCUUUUCUUGAGAAGUUCGCAACCGCAUUUCGAUUUGAACUGCGUUUUGAGGGGCCGGGAAAAGGAGGCCAAAAUACUUGACUCUUAUAUCACAAAAUCUUUGGUGAGCCUAGAAUCGGGGUCUAUAUACGUCUCUGGCCCGCCAGGAACAGGCAAGUCUGCUCAAAUCAAUGCAAGCAUCAAACAUUUACUGUCCAACGCCAAACAAAAUAGCUCAAGUGAUGGUAAUGUCCAUCAGAUUGUGCUUGACGGGAACCUUGAGAGGAAAGUCCGGGUUAUUAAGUUCAAUUGCAUGUCUAUUUCAAACGCAUCUGAACUAUUAAAAGAAAUCUACUACAAAAUUUCGGGCUUGAAGUUCAACUCAGCAAACGGUUCUGCCCAAUUGUCAAGAUUAUUCCAAAAGACGAAUAAAAAUGAUUGUGAUAUGACCAUUCUUGUCCUUGAUGAAAUGGAUAACAUUGUGAAUAAAUCCCAACAGUCUUUAUUUGAACUAUUUACUUGGGCUUCUAAUCUGAUUGACUCCGACACCAAACCGAACUUGCUGUUAAUAGGGAUUGCAAACGCAUUGGAUUUAACUGAUAGAUUUUUACCUAGACUGAGGGCUAAUUGCAUCAACCCAAAAUUAGUUCCGUUCUUGCCUUACACAGCCGACCAAAUCAAAUCAGUUAUUACGACCAAGCUAUUCACCCUAUUUGAAAACAACAAGGAAAAUAUUCCUGGAAAACACACAUUGUUACCACCUUUAGUUCAUCCUGCGGCAAUUCAAUUUUGCGCUAAGAAAUCAGCUGUCACAACAGGCGAUCUCAGAAAAGCAUUUGAUGUGAUGUUCAAAUCCAUAGAUCUUUUCGAAGAGAAUCUACUAAAGACCAAAGACUUGAAUGAACUUUUACGUACCCCAAUUGAAAGUCUCCCAAAGGUGAUGAUUUCACAAGUUGUCAAGGUCUGCUCAGCCUCUUUCAACUCGAAUUUCGAGCUUAAAUUAAAACCGCUGAAUUUGCAGCAAAAAAUGAUUCUUGCAUUUCUGUUCAAGUUUGAAGAAAAACUAGAAACAGAAAGAGCUCAAACUAAUAAAAAUAAGGGCUGUAAAAAACUUUCCAAUGCCAUUUCCUUGGGAUCAUUCUUUGAAUAUUAUUCUGAAAAGUGUAAAAUAUUCGACAACGUCAUUACCCAAUUAAAAAGAGCAGAAUUCUUGGAAAUUUUAAGCUCGCUUGACAUACAUGGUUUGGUUUCAAUCAGUAUGCUCAAUACAUCAUCUUCUACAAAAACUUUACUUGCCAACAAUGGAGUAUCGUUGAAUUUUGAUAACUUCAAGGUCUCAUCUAGUAUCCCUAAGAUGGAAUUUUUCAAAACCGUCAACGAAAAUAUAGUGUUGAAGAGAAUUGUGCACAGUAAUUACUAGCAUCGUCAUCUUUUCUAAAUAUAAUUGCAUACUUUUUAUAAUUAUAAACAAUCUACAUAGCAUACAAAACUAAUAAAAUU